GGCAGGUAUAUAAGUAGGUGACGUCCUGUAUCAUGCUUCAGUGGUGAAGAGAAUGUACCUGCUCCUGAGUCUGCUUGUUCUCCCCCAUCUGCCACUCUCAGGUGGCGUGCAGAGUGGCAUCUUUGGGGGUCGUGAGGCCAAGCCCCACUCCAGACCCUACAUGGUGUAUCUGCUCAGUGACCACUCGGUGUGUGGAGGGGCACUGAUCAAGGACAACUAUGUACUGACGGCUGCCCACUGUCUUAAUUUCAGUGACAGUCCCAUUAAAGUAGUGCUGGGUGCGCAUAACGUGCGUAUGCGUGAGCAAAGCCAACAGGUCAUCAGUGUGGAGAAGUCCUUCCAGCACCCCAAGUACCCCAAGAAGAGGCUGGACAACAACAACCCCAGGAUGUACCACCAUGACAUCAUGCUGCUCAAGCUGGAAACCAAGGCUAAACUGAACAAGUAUGUUAAGGUGCUGGAGCUGUACAAAGGGUUUAGGAAGCUCCCCUCUGGUGUGCAGUGUGAGGUGGCCGGGUGGGGGAGGAGGGUGCUCGGGAGGGGAGCGGAGAGCGUGCUGUACGAGGCUGACGUCACGCUGGCCAACAGCAAGGCCUGCAGGAAAAUCGCAGGUAACUUCUUCAAUGUGGACCAAAUGGCCUGCAGCUUCUCCAAGGGGACGGAUGGUUUCUGUCAGGGUGACUCCGGAGGUCCACUCAUCUGUCACCAGGGCAACAAACACAUUGUGUACGGAGUGGACGUGUACACCGGCAGCCCCUGUGACACAGCUGACUACCCUCAGGUCUACACCAGCGUGGCUCACUUCCUGCCCUGGAUUACACAGGAGCUGCAUGGGAAGCUCUAUGGAAACCAUAAUGUUACUAUGGAAACCAUGAUACGCACUGCCAUAAUGAUGAUCUGUGGGUGAUGAUCAGGUGGCGUGCAGAGUGGCAUCUUUGGGGGUCGUGAGGCCGAGCCCCACUCCAGACCCUACAUGGCUUCACUGCAGAUUCGAAGAAGUCACACGUGUGGAGGAGUGCUGAUCAGAGAGGACUACUACGUGCUGACUGCUGCACACUGUCUUAAUCCCAGGUGUGACCCUGCUUGUGUGUGCACAUACAGUGUAGUGCUGGGUGCCCAUAACAUCGGUAAGAAGGAGAAGAGCCAACAGCGUAUGGGCAUCUCUGAGUUCAUCCAACACCCAAAGUACCCCAAGAAGAAGCUUAGUGAUGACGACCCCAAGGCUUUCCAUCAUGACAUCAUGCUGCUGAAGCUGCAGACCAAGGCGAAACUGAAGAAGAAAAAGGUUGAGGUGCUGCAGCUCCCUGAUGAAGUGGAUGAGAAGAUCCCGGCAGGCGUGCAGUGUGAAGUGGCAGGAUGGGGAAGAAGAUGCUUCGGGAAGCAAGCAGAGAGUGUCCUGUACGAAGCUAAAGUCAAACUGGAGCGACCAGCAACGUGUGAAAACAAAUGGCAGCAGUAUUAUGACCUGAGCCAGUUGACCUGCAGUGUCUCUGAUGGAAAAGAGGGAGUCUGCCAGGGUGAUUCUGGAGGUCCUCUCAUCUGUGGAGAGGGUAACGAGAAGAUCCUGUACGGCCUGACAGCCUUCACCGAUGAGCCGUGUGACGCCACAGAUAGACCAGAAGUCUACAUGAGAGUGCCCCAUUACCUGCCCUGGAUCAAAGAGGUUCUCGGUGUGAAUGAUGCUCUGCUGACAAAAACGUAGUCACGGCAUAAUAUUCAUGAUUUUACGUGAUGUCAUAUGAUAUGACUGAAUUAGAGAUUCCACACACUCAUUGGCCUGUUGGAUGCUGAUGUCCAUCUAUUCUAUGAUCAUCCCUUAUCAGGAUGAAGCAGCGCAUCAGCU